UUCUCUUAACCCUCGUACUUGUUUCUCCUAUUUCAGAACAAAACAAAACCAAAAAAAAAUAAAAAUGGAGCGAUUGAUAUGGUUGUUCCAAUUCCUUUGGUAUUUCAUGCAAUAUCAUCAGGUUUUUUGUUCAUCAUCUAUCUCUUCUUUUUCUACUUGUACACAUCAUUUGUGUCCACCUGACCAGAGGUUUGCAUUGUUGCAAUUCAAGCGUAUGUUUACUAUAAACAGCUCUGCAUCUAAUUCUUCUUUCUGCGGUGAUUUGGCUUCUCCAAAGAUGUUAUCUUGGAACGAGAGUUGUACUGAUUGUUGUUCGUGGGAAGGAGUCACGUGUGAUGGUCUGACGGGUCACGUGAUUGGGCUUGACCUCAGUUGUAGCCAGCUCUAUGGCAGUAUCCAUCCUAACAGUAGCCUCUUCCAACUCUCUCACCUCCAACACCUCAAUCUCGCCUUCAAUCACUUCAAUUACUCCCACAUUCCAUCAGCAUUUGGCCACUUUGCUAGUUUGACACAUCUCAACCUAUCUCGUUCCAGUUUUUCAGGCUCAAUCCCAUCAGAAAUUCACCACCUGUCCAAACUAGUUUCACUUGAUCUCUCAACCUUUUAUGAUGAUCAACUAAGACUUGAACCACACAAUUUCAGAAUGAUGCUCAAAAACCUAACCCAAUUGCAAAAACUUGCCCUUUCUUAUGUAAACAUAUCUUCAGUUGUACCGAUUUCUUUGACCAAUAUGUCUUCUUUGACAUAUCUCGAUCUUAUUUCCACUGGGUUGUAUGGGAAAUUACUGGAUAGCAUUUUUCACUUUCCAAACUUGCAAGUUCUCUUUUUAGGAGACAACCAUGAUCUCACUGGUAAUUUACCCAAAGCAAAAUGGAGUAGUAGUAGUUCCCUCCAGCAGUUGUAUCUCGGGUUUUCGAGUUUUUCUGGAGAAUUACCUGAUUCAAUUGGCUAUCUCAGGUCAUUGAAUUUCUUGCAUCUUGCCAAUUCCAAAUUCUCCGGGUCCAUUCCUGAUUCAUUUGGAAACCUUACACAGAUCACUGCUAUAUACUUAGGGGGAAAUAGUUUCAACGGUCAGAUUCCAUUUACUCUCUCAAAUCUUAAUCAACUCAUUCACUUGGAUCUCCGUCGUUGCGAAUUCUCCGGGUCCAUUCCUGAAUCACUCGGGAACCUUACACAGAUCAAUUCUAUAUCCUUCUGGGGAAAUAGUUUCAACGGUCAGAUCCCAUUUACUCUCUCAAAUCUUAAUCAGCUCAUUUCCUUGGAUCUUUCUAGAAAUAAUCUCCAUGGAAAAAUUCCUAAUUUUAUCGGUAAGCUGAUAAAGCUGGAGUUUUUAGGACUUGGAGAUAACAAUUUUAAUGGUCCAUUUCCAUGUGGGGUAGCCAACCUGACAAAACUUGUUGCUUUAGUUUUAUCAAGUAGUGAACUAAUGGGUCCCAUUCCCUCCAACAUUAGUGGGCUACACAACCUACAAACACUUUACUUGCACAAUAACUCACUGAAUGGGACACUACCAUCUUCGUUGUUGAAUCUUCCAUCAUUGACAGACUUAUACCUGGGUAGUAAUCGACUAACUGGCCAAAUUCCUGAGUUCCAGCAUAAAUCAAAAUUGAUGCACAUUGACUUGAAUCAUAAUGAACUACGUGGACCCAUUCCACAAUCAAUUUCAAAUCUUGUGAAUUUGAACCGACUUGAUCUUUCGUCAAAUCAUUUGAGUGGUGUUGUAGAGCUACAAACAUUUUCAAAUCUAAAAAACCUUGAUUAUCUUGAUCUUGGUUUCAACUUGAUUCAAGGACCACUCCCAGUUCCGCCACCCUCUGUAUCUUACUUCCUCUUCUCACAAAAUAAACUCACCGGACAGAUUCCUUCUUCAAUUUGCAAUGUGAGUUCCCUUUACAUCCUUGAUUUGUCUCACAACCACUUGAGUGGUGCAAUUCCACAAUGUUUGGGAUACUUCAGUAAUUUUCUCUCAGUAUUUGGAAAAGAUAAUGGGUUGCAAAGUCUUAAAUUGAAUGGAAAUCAAUUUGAAGGACCAGUUCCACAAUCCUUAGCCAACUGUAGACAAUUACAAGUUCUAGACCUCGGAAACAACAAGAUAAAUGACACUUUUCCGUACUGGUUGGGGACUCUUCCAAAUUUACAGGUUCUUAUCUUGCGAUCCAACAAUUUUCAUGGUCCAAUAGACACUUCCAAGCCAAAACUCUCUUUCCUUGAACUCCGAAUUGUUGACCUCUCCCACAAUAAGUUCACUGGUCAUUUGCCAGGGAGAUAUUUCAAUUUUUUCAAAAAUAUGAGGAAUAAAACUAUGCCAAGUGAAAAAUAUUUGACUGUUCGAUCGUAUUAUAAAUAUUCUGUUACGGUGACGAUGAAGGGGUCUGAUAUUUAUUUAACGAGAAUUUUGACUGUCUUCACAGUAAUUGAUUUAUCAUCUAACAAAUUCAGUGGAGAUAUUCCAAAUGUGAUCGGAAGGCUUAAUUCUCUCAUAGUGCUUAAUUUAUCUCAUAAUAGCCUUACAGGCCCUAUUCCAUCAUCUUUAGGAGACUUGACAGAGCUGGAAUCACUAGAUCUGUCUUCAAACCAGCUUAUUGGGAAAAUUCCUAACCAUUUAUUGAGUUUGACAUUUCUUGAGGUCUUUAACCUUUCAUGGAACCAUCUCGAUGGACCCAUACCUCGGGGGAAACAAUUUGAUACAUUUGGAAAUGAUUCAUAUGUUGGGAACUCAGGAUUAUGUGGGUUUCCAUUGUCAAAGGAAUGUAAAGAUAAUCAGUCACAAGUUCUGCCAGGGGUGCUAUUACAACAGGAAGAUGACUCAAAUUUUAUAGGUGGAUUUACUUGGGAAGCCGUGGUGAUGGGGUAUGGCUGUGGACUAGCAUUUGGAUUGGUUAUUGGAUUUCUCAUGUUCUUAACUGGAAAACCAAAAUUGUUUGUAAGAAUUGUUGAAAGGAAAAAGCAUAAAACGCUGAAAAUGUUGAGACAAGGUGGAAGAAGAAAUUAGCAAACAUGGAUUAUGCUUUCAGGAAAAGACGUGGUGAAUCCGCCCAACUAAGGGCGUGGAAGUGUGUGUGUUGGGAGCACAAUGCUCUCAUUUUGCGUGACUCUGUUUUGUAAGCCAAGGGCAAUAUUUGUGUGGUUUGAAUAACCAAUUUGUGUAACCGGGCCGAAGCCUUGGGAACUUGUAAACCCAUGAGGGUAUUUAUUUGUUUAUGUUAUUUGAUUUGAAGUGAAUGUGUUAUCGCAUGAAGACUAUUUGUAUCAUGUAAUGCAAGUGUGGAGAUUUAUUUCCAGAUUUACCUUGAA